UUCAGCUGAUAUCGUUUCAUGGCUUCUGCUUGGCUUCUGCUUGCUCACGGUCCUCACGAGUUUCACCACACGGGGAAAUGGGGAAAGCACGUCGAUGCGUUCGAGUAAUCAGUGGCUAGACUCAAUGCGGGUCAAAGUUCACGAAGUGAGCUCAAGAGUUUGCGGGAGAAAUGAUCGUGGUGUUGGUGCGCGUUGACAUUAUCUGUUAAACUGGCUGAAUCGAGAGCCAAAAAUUACGAGUUUACGUUCAAGCUAUACUGGGCAGAAUCCAAACCUACUCGUAAUCGCAUUACCCGUAGUAUUACAUCACCGUUAGUAGUGGGUAGUAAUGCCCAGGGCGUGUUAGUGAGAUGUGCCAAUUUAGGCUGCCCGAUAAAUCCUACCGACCUUUAGCCGGGUCUGCGCUGCCGUCAAUAUUGUCAUCUUUGGUUAACAAAGCACUGCAAGAUGUCAGCGGUGGAGGCACCACAGUUUAUUCGCACCAUAGAGUGGGACAUGAUGGACAAGAAGAAAUUCUUCCCUCUCAGUAUGCUGUCGUCGUUCUCGGUUCGAUGCUGCCUUUACCCACUGACAGUGAUAAAAACACGGUUGCAAAUCCAAAGAAAAAACCAUAUGUACUCAGGCAUGAUAGAUGCGUACAAAAAGAUCUACAAAAUGGAAGGGUUCGGAGGACUGUACCGAGGCUUCUGGAUAAGUUCUGUCCAAAUAGUGUCAGGGGUAUUUUACGUCUCGACAUACGAAGGCGUACGACAUCUUCUGAGACAAGACCCGUUCACUGCGCAACUAGAUUCACGGAUAAAGGCUCUGAUUGGCGGAGGCGCCGCAAGCGUAGUUGGUCAAACGAUAGUUGUGCCAUUUGAUGUCCUCAGUCAGCAUUUGAUGGUCCUUGGCGUUAGUACGAAGCAUGGAAAACUUGUUGUAGAUAAAAUGGGAAUGAACCCCUUAGGACUGACUUUGGAUCCUGGAAGGUCGAGAGCAUUCAUCGCUGCGGAAAUAGUCAGAUUAAUUUAUCAGCGUGACGGUCCGAAGGGAUUUUAUCGGGGCUACGUCGCUUCACUGUGCGCUUAUGUCCCGAACAGUGCGCUUUGGUGGGGAUUGUACACGUUCUAUCAAGAUGAAAUGGUACGAGUUCUGCCUGAUUGGGUUUCACAUUUGUUGAUCCAAGCAGUUGCCGGGACGAUGGGCGGGUUCACGACGACGGUGAUAACGAAUCCGUUGGACAUAGUGCGUGCACGACUGCAAGUUCAAAGGCUAGAUUCAAUGUGUAAUGCGUUUAAAGUGCUCUGGGUAGAAGAGGGUCUCCAGAUGUUCACCAAAGGACUUUCCGCCCGUCUAGUGCAAUCGGCUUGCUUCAGUUUUUCCAUCAUAUUGGGAUACGAGACCAUCAAACGGGUCAGCAUCAACGACGAGUACAAGAGCUUCGUUAGGUGGUGAACGAUCGAUAAUCUUGCAACUUAUUUCGCUCAGGGUAAAGUAAUGCUCUAGACUUCUGAGUCGAGGAAGAUACUGCAAGAAUCACAAUACACGUUCUGUUCAUCAGUUAUUCAGUUUAAUUGUCAAGCGACUUAAUGACGGAUAUUAUUUGGGAUAAAAAAUUGACGGAUAUAAAUUUAAAGAUAUUUUUUAUCCGCAGUGAAAACCAUUGUGUAAAUAUUCAUAGUGAAAAUUGUAUGUCUUAUUGUAUUAUUUGAAGGAGAUGCAAUAUCGUUGUUUAUGUCAGAUAUAUAGUAACAGUAAUAAUAAUAAUAAUAAUAAUAAUGAAAGAAAUAAUAAUAAUACGUUAUUAGUAGUUACUACUAAUUUGAUACUUUGAACAAACAACUGAAUGAGCAAUGCGAAAAAAAUUCUGGUUUGGAAUAGAAUAAUUUUACGCGACAAUGUUAGUCACAGGUAAUGAGUCCAAACUGUUGAUUGCGUCGAUUGUAUAUAAUAAUUCCUAAGUCUGGAAGAAUACCUAUUUAGUGUACAAAUAUAGCGCCGAAUACGAGUAAUAAACUAAUAACAAAUUCUGAUGUUUCAAUUUUUGUAAUCAAUUUUAAAACACGUUGAGCAUGAAAUCAUCAGAACUUUAUACUAGACUGAUGGUGCAACGGUAUACCAAAAAUGUGACCACUGUUUAGAUAAGAUAUUAUAUAUCUACUAACACGAACGAUGUUAAUUCUGUUUCGUCGGAUUCAGGCUUGUAAUAUUACUACGUGCUAUGUCCUAAAUUAAAUUAAAAUAAUCAUUUUUAUUAAAUUAAUUUAUUCAACUACAGUAUUCAUCUAAUGUUAACGUUAAAUUAAGUACUAAUUAGCUGACAGUUUAUGGAUGUUGUGGCAUGCGCGCAUCAAUGAUGACGGUGAAAAUGCAUUUCAUUGCUUUACGUCUAAUAUUUGCUUGUCUCGUCAGUCUAACCGUUGGAAUACGCUUUCAUUUUCCUUUUCACCCGUCUCGAAUGAAAAAUAUUCAAAGUUAGAACGAAUGGGUUUUAAGUUGCCAAUUUCCUUCCUUCUCUUUUUAACUUAAAAAAGUAGCCUGUUUAUUCAACUUGUCUCAAACCCAUGACGACCUUGAGUUCCGGAAAAGUUGAACGAUUAUCAACUUGCCAAUUGAAUUGUAAAUUUUUUUUUACCCAUUCUGAAGAUCAGAUAAAGAAAUCAUCGUACGUACAAGGCCGAAAAUUCGUACACGACGAAGCCCGGAAGUGGCUUGAUCCCAUUAUAAAUAAGUGUAUUGUCGCUUCGCUUAGGAACGAAUGAAAUACUAAUAAGAAAAUAAAAAACUGUGUUGCAUACGGGAUGGAUAAGCAAUGUUGAUUAUGAUUCAUUCGCAGAGAUAUGGUAAUGCAUAAGAUAAAUGUGUAAUGUAGAAAUGCGUCAUCGUCAACGUCGUUGUCACCACAACAUGGAAAAACGAUGACGAACUUGUUAAAGUUUUAAUCAAUGACUAUACCUCGAUUUAGGCUGGCCCUGACGUUGAUAUGAACUACCGAUGCAUAUAACCGUGUGCGCAAUGAGAUGAUUUAUAAUUUUUGUUGAUAUAUUUCGGUUUGGAAACUACGGAGAGAGUUUCAAAUAGGUAUUUAUAUAAAUAUAUACAUUUAUAUAAAUAUAAUAAAAGUAUAAAAUUAUUGUUCAAUGUGGUAAUAAGGUAGUAUUUUUGCUUCCGUGCGGAGUAAUAAAAUAAUAUUUAGUCUUGUUUUCAAGUCACGUGCAAUGUUCGGUCGUUACACACAUAUAUAUAUAUAUAUAUUUUUUUGUUAUUAUUGUAUGUUUCGUUAUAUGGAUCAAAGUGAAGCGAUUCAUUUAAUUUAUAUGAAAAUCAACGAACUUUCGUGUAUACAUAAUCAACACCUAAAACAUGAACUUUCUCUUUAUAUAAUAAAGAUGUGAUCAAAUUAUAAUUAUUGCUAUAUUUUUACCAGGCUCACUUUACCAAUUUACGUAUCUGUCUAUACAAGUAAGUCAUAAAAAUCAAUAUUCGCCACGCACUCCUACGUAUUUCUGUCAAAUGAAUCAACCCCGCUUAAUUAAAAGUGUAGCGAAUUUAAUUUACGCCAUAAUUUAUGAUUAAUUGUCUUUUCAGUGUACUAUUUUUAUCUGUACAAAUUAUAAAAAAAUCUUAAUAAUAACAGAA